AUGGGGAGUUGUUUGAGCAAGAAGAGCACUUGUUCUUCUCCUCCUCUUGCACUUGUGAAACAAAAUCAAGAAGCAGAACCUAAAUCCCUUGUAGAAAAGAAGAAAGUACAGGGGCAAAUAGUGAGAAGAGAAAUCUUUGUUAUCAAACACAGGAUAAGCCAUGAACAAGGGUCUAAAGACGACGAGGAUAAUUUCAAGGAACAAAGUGAAUUUGCACCAUUGAGGAGGACUUCAAGUUGUACAAAACAAGAAGUUGAUGCUAUUUUGAUACAAUGUGGGAGGCUUAGCAGAAGCUCAUCCCCCAACAAAGGUCUUCCUUUUUCAGGUGCUGCUGAAUCUUCUGAUAAUACAAAUUUCAACCCCAAUAGAAGUGGAAAGUAUUCUAUUUCCAAGAAAAGUUGUGAUUUUGACAAUGAAAACAGAAGUAAUGGCAGCAGGGGAGGGAGUAGAAGGGCGAGCAGAUCUCCUGUUAGAAGAUCUGAAUCACCAAUUACUGCUUCUACUGAUGCUAAUGGGAUUAAUGUUAGACCAGGAAAGAUGGUUUCUGUGCCUGCUACUGUUUCAUCUCUUAUGGUGGAUAAGAAUGCUGAGCUGAUUUCUACAGCUACUAUUCAGAGGAUUCAAGUGAAGAGAAAUGUGGGUACUGCAUCUCCUCGUGCUCGGUCCCCAGCAAAGGUGAAUUUGAAGGCAUCAACUGAGAACAUUAAUUUUCAACAGCAGCCCUUGUACCUUAGCCGCAGCAAUUCCAGGAAAAAAGAAGAUUCUCCUUUCAGAAGGAAACCUCCAAGUGAGAUUGAUACCCCUGUGGUGGUCACUGAACCAAUGCCCUUCUAUAUCCAGAAACUGAAUGCAGAAAAUAUAAACAAUGGCAAAGUUCUGCAAGGAACUGAGCAAAAACUUGGCAUCAGCAAAGCAACUCUAGAUUACGGCCUUACAAAUGUUUAUGGCAAAGUCAAGGAGCAGCAGCAGCUGGCACAGGAAGCUAAAGCAUUGAGAACAAAUGCUGCGAUGGAUGUGGUUGCUUCAGAAUUCAAAAGCCUAGUGCCUGAGGGAACAAGAAGAAGCAGGUCGCCGAGGCUAUCCCGAGACAUAGACAUUAAUCAUAGAGUUCAGUCAAAUCCUACUCAAUCAUAUACUGAGUUAUUGCUUGAGGACAUCCAAAACUUUCAUCAAAAGAGCAGAAACCCUUCAUUUUCACUUCCAUCUUGUGUAACAAAAGCUUGCUCAAUACUGGAGGCAGUUGCUGAUUUCAACUCAAGCACAACUUCCAAUCUAUCCAGUGCUUUCUCUGAAGACAGAAGAAGUAACCCCACAGUUGAGCAAUUUAACAAGAAUACCAGUGCUUCUUUACGAACCAAUCCUCAGGGUAAAAAUAGGUUAGAAAUAAAGGACCCAUACGUGGAGUCUGAGGUUGCUCUAAGUGAUAACUUUAUGGAGCCUCCCAGAAAACAGAAGUAUGCAAACUUCGAACGGGGAACUGAUGGAGGUUAUAUGGAAGAGAUAGAAUCCUCAGAAAGCAAUAGUUUUGUUGGUUAUCAGCGACGUAGGUGUUCCCCUUCCUCUCGAGAACCAAAUUCAGCCGAUUCAACCGAUUCUUGGGAUCCUCCGAAAUCUUACAGUAGGCUGUAUAUGAAUCCAUUAGCCUUUCAAAAGUGUACAGUAUCUGAUCAUGUCCCUGAUAUGGAUGAAGGUAAAAGUAGACUGCAAAUUAGGGGAUUCACAUAA